UUACAGUAGUUUGUUGAUAGCCACCCGCUCGCACGGACGCACACAAUACGAUCGAGAAUUCAAUACAAAACUAUAAAAACGAGUACAACAUAUUUGCUCAGUGGAAAACAAAUUGAACAAUAACAGAACAACAUAUUAAGGAAUCACAUCUACUAUGUGCAUUUCAAAUAAUUGCGAAAAAUGCAACGUUUCAUCAACGGGAUCCAAUUGACUUUGUGGAUGUGGUGUUAGCUAUAUCCAAAUGAUUAAAACUAUUAUAAGAACUAAAAUAAGCACAAAAAUGUUCAAAUAUUAUUAAAUAAUUCACGAAUGUGCUCAAGUCGAUAAUCAUAAUUAUGAAGCAGCAGUGGCAGCAACGUUUAGUAACCAUCUGGUUCUUAAUUGGCAUCUAUAAAAGGCCCCUAACGCUUGGAUACUUUAUCGAUAUUACAGAGAACACAGAACUGAUACAACAACGUGCUGGCUACGAUGUCAAGCUGCAGUGCAACCUUACGGGUCUUGUGGAUGAGAGUAAGCUGGCGGAGAUUAAAAUACACUGGUACUUUAAGCAAUGCAGUGAUAACAAUUGUCAUCAGUUUGAAUCUGUGGAUGAUUGGACGGCUUUGCCCUGUGAGUCCAGUCUCUGUCGUCCCGAGCUCUGGCUACGCAAUGUAACCGAGCGUUAUUCGGGUCUCUACAAGUGCAGCAUUAAUCCCCAUAUUUUGGAUUCUUCGCAAACUGUGGACGUUCAAUUGGUGCGCACCUAUCAGCUGGAUGUGAAGAAUAGUUCAUUGGCUGCACCAGAGUUUCUUGAUGCCUAUCCCAACAAUAAGACUGCGGUACAGGAUAGUCGUGUGGUCUUCCAGUGUCGCGUACACAGCGAGGAGCAUCCAACUAUCAAAUGGUUUCGUCGACGCACCUAUUUAGGACAUAUGCCAGCUCCUGAAGCGACUCAGCCGGUAUUAGGGUCCUCCAAUUUCAGUGCUCAUAUUGUGCGCUAUAAUGGACGAACCUAUGAGUUGCUUUCUACAUCCCCAGAGAAGCUGAUAAAUCCACAGAUCUAUCUCAGCAAACUGAUAUUAAACAGUGUACGCCUGAGAGAUGCAGGAUUCUAUGCCUGUGUGGCAAUUAGUUAUCGUGGUCACAAGAUACGAGAAGCCUAUCUGGAGGUAUUGCCUCCACAAAAUGAAGUUGAUUAUUGGACAGACUAUAGUAACAGUGAUGAGGUCGUUGCUGAUGAUCCCAGCGAUCCUCGGGAGUUUCUGUUGCUCUUCCUAAUGCCAGUAGGACUGGCAAUGUUGCCCCUAAGUGUCUGGGGUGGUUAUAUGAUCUAUAAGCGAUGUACGAGACAUAGCGAGUGCGAGCGCAUGGAACAGCAAUAUUCCGAUGAGGAGCUCGACACGGAACGUUAUGUGUUGGGUGGAAGUUGACAUUGAGUCGCUUAUUAUAAUUGGGAUCUAAGACUGUGCUUAAAUUUAAACUAUAGCAUGUACAAUAAAUUAUAAGAUAGAAAAUAAUGUG